AUGGGUGCAAACACGGCCAUCUGGUCGCCCAACAAAAUUGACAGAGCAUUUUGGGAGUGGGUCCACGUCAUCAAGUCGAUUGCGACUGAGCAUUUUCGCAAACUUGACGGACAAAUCUUUUGUCGUUUUCAUGCGAUCGCCAAGGUGCGCGACGUUCGCUUUCGCUUUAAGAACUUUUAUGACCUGUUGGUCGAAGGAGACAUUGUUGUAUGUCGUGGAGACAUGGUGGAGUACCCAUCAUCAUCGUUUUUGCAUCCAUCGUCGUCGACUCUCAUGAAUUGGCCCCAAACGAUGGAAAAGAAUUCUUCUAUUGUUUCGACUCGUUCCGAGCCAUCUCAAAAGAAGCUGAAGUUCACCACUCUUUUGCAUAUGGAAGUGGGCAACCCCGUCUCGAUCAACGGAAUUCUCGAAGGCGAACAAUCGACAGCGGUGCCGUCGAUGGCGUUUCCGUCGGCACUGCACUUGCAGAUGAGGGACGUAAGGAUGCAUUUGGACGAGAUCGUAGCAUCCUCGAAUGCAAAUGCGAACGUGAUCGCGAAGAUGGGCUAUCAAUUACAAAGGCGACAAAUCACUGUGAAUUGA